AUGAAUUUUUCUAUUGAUCCUUCAUUAAAUUUGUCUCAUUUUAACAACCUCCUUAACAAAUAAAUUAAGAAAGUGAAUAUGAAAAAGGAAAAAUAAAUUAUUCGUAAAGAAUUCAAAUAAUCAAAUACACCUAAACAUGAAGCCAAAUAUAUAUGUGAAUUAAUAAGACCAUUAAUUAAAGAAGAAAAGUAGUCACAAGAAGUUUCUAAGCCAAACGAAAAAGGUAGACAUACAUUUGGACAUUUACUUAAGGAUAAUUUUUCUAUUUAAUUCAAAAUUAUGGCAGUGUCAAACUAAAAAAAUGAUCUUAUCUUUAAUUGCUUACCUUAUCAAUAAAAUAAAUUAUUUGAACUAAAAAUAAAUUUUCCAUUUUAUUUAUUUUUAGAGUAAGUUUCAAACUUUUAAGUAGGUUUCGAGAAUAAAAAAAAUUUAUUUUCACCAAAAUAAUUAGAGAUGCCUCAAGAAAUUAUUGAAUUUAUUGUUGAUAAUAAUUAAAUUGUGAUAGGAUGUAACAGAAGUGUUAAUAAAAAUUGGUUAAAAAUGUUGGGUAUUAAUUCAGAUAUGAUUAUCGAUUUUAUUUAAUAAUCUCAAGUAUUUCCUAUAGGUUGGAUUUCUAAUGCAAUUAAAUCUUAUAAUUUUUAUUAAGAUUUUAUGUAAACCUAAUCUAUAUAAGUAUGCUUAAUCAAUUACAAUGGAUAGAAAUUUAAUGCUUAGGUAUAAAUUAAAUAUCAAUAAGAAUCCAUUUUGAAAAAGAAAAUUUUUGAAAGAUACAUAAUAUCAUAUUUGAUUGACAGAAAAUAAUUAAGUUUGUAAUAGGUUGAAUAAAACUUUGCAAAUUACUUUGGAAUAAAUUAGAUUUCGAAAGAAUUAGCUGAUAAUUUUAUUGAGCACACAAAUAAGUAAUGUGGGAUCAAAAAUUUAUGA